AUGGCGGCGCCCGUAGAUGACAUGUUUUCUCUCUGCGCGGAGCCUGGUAAAACUAACAGUAGUGUGGAGGUUCGGUUUAUCGACAAGGUCAAGGGCAAAGGACUGUUUGCCAAAAAAUGCUUCAAAAAGGGAGAGACCAUCUUCGUUGAACGUCCCCUCGUUUCUGCGCAGUUCCUGUGGAAUGCACUGUACAAAUACAAGGCCUGUGAGUACUGCCUCCGUUCUUUGGAAACAGCUGAAGAAAAUGCUAGAAGACUCAGUGGCUUGCCCAGCCUCAAUCUGCCCCACCCUGAGCUAUGCAGAGUUCGAGCUGAGCUGCACCAGGCCUGCCCUCAGUGCCAGGUAAUGUACUGUAGCAGCGAGUGCCGACAGACUGCGUGGGAUACUUAUCAUAAAGUACUGUGUAUGGGACCAUCCCAUGAUGACCCAGAUCAUCCACUCAACAAGCUGCAGGAUGCCUGGAGGAGUGUACACUAUCCGCCAGAAACCUCUAGCAUCAUGCUGAUGGCUCGGAUGGUGGCUGUUGUUAAGCAGGCUCAGGAUAAAGGCCGCUGGCUCCGCCUCUUCUCACAUUUCUGUAGCCGUUCAGCCAAUGAGGAAGAAGAGAUAGCACAUAAACUACUCGGGGAGAAGUUCCAGGCACAGCUGGCUUUGCUACGUAACCUGUUUACUACAGCACUUUAUGAUGAUCAUCUCAGUCAAUGGUUCACCCCAGAUGGAUUUCGUUCACUCUUCUCACUUGUUGGGACGAAUGGGCAGGGUAUUGGCACCAGUUCACUCAGUCAGUGGGUUCAUGCAUGUGAUGCAUUGGAGCUUCCUAGCCAGCAGAGGGAGCAGUUGGAUGCUUUCAUUGACCAAUUAUACAAGGACAUUGAGAAAGAGACAGGGGAUUUUCUGAACUGUGAGGGCUCUGGUCUCUUCUUGCUACAGAGUUCAUGUAACCACAGCUGCAUACCCAAUGCUGAGGCAUCAUUCCCUGACAACAACUUCCUUCUCCACCUCAGUGCUCUGAGUGACAUCAGUCCAGGAGAGGAAAUCUGCAUUAGCUACUUGGACUGUUGCCAGCGAGACAGGACCCGCCAUAGCCGACACAAGAUCCUAAGGGAGAACUACUUGUUCAUCUGCUCUUGUCCCAAGUGUGUUUCCCAGAUGGAUGAUCCAGAUAUGACAUCAGAGGAAGAGGAAGAGGAUGGAGAAGGAGAGGGAGAGACAGAAGGCGAUGAAAUGGAAGAUGAGAUGACAGAUGUGUGAUACAGACAAAGAGAGACAAGAGUCUCUCUAAGACCAUAUUAUCCAUGUCUGUCCCACAAAACCACUACAGACAGAAAUACCCAAAAAUGCCAUCCAGAGUCAUCACUGUAUUUACAACUGCACUCACGAUCACUCCAUUCAAAACACAGGACCUGU